UGUUCUUUGGUUAAUCGCUCCAGCGAGAAUGCGGGGUAUCUUUAUUCAAUUGAUUUGUAAACAUUUGAAAAUUUAUGCGAAUUGCGAGUAUCGCAUAAAGCAACUUCUUCUAAUCUAUAGUUAUGUUCUUUAUUUCACUCCUGCAAGAGCAAGAUAUAAGUAUUUUCUACAGCUCAUAGGGCGUGGGAUUUCCAGAGCAUCCUAAUCAUGGCAUCGUACGAUCAACUACCGCACGGUUCUUCUCUAGAUAUAUCCAGGUUCUCGGUAAAAGUACCAGAAAUUGACUUGAACGAUCUUCGUACCUUACUACGACUUUCUAAACUGGGACCUAAAACAUACGAAAAUAUGCGCUCAGAUGGCAAAUAUGGUGUUUCUUAUGAAUGGAUGUCCAAUGCAAAGGCGUACUGGCAAAAUAGUUUCAACUGGCAUUCAGUAGAAGACCGAAUCAACAGUCUUCCUAAUUUUAUCGUGCAAGUGGUUGACGACGAUGGCGAAACCUAUCCUAUUCACUUUCUUGGGCUGUUUUCAAAUAAGCCAAAUGCAACCCCGUUGAUGUGUAUUCACGGUUGGCCAGGCAGCUUUCUGGAAUUCAUAGAUGUUCUGUUAACACUGCGAGGAAAGUAUACCCCCGACGAGCUCCCGUAUCAUGUUGUUGUCCCUUCUCUCCCUGGAUAUGCCUUCUCAGCUACACCACCGCUAGAUCGUAACUGGAAGCUGGAGGAUUCAGCACGUUUGUUGCACAAGCUCAUGGUUGGACUCGGGUUUGAGGCUGGCUACGUCCUUCAAGGAGGGGAUAUUGGAAGCUAUACCGCAAGAAUCAUGGCUAGCUUCUAUGAUUCCUGUAAAGCACUGCAUCUUAAUUUCUGCGUUAUACCGUGUCCCAACAGGGGUGUACAUGGUGAUCUACCUAUUGAAGAUUUUGAAAAAGAAGGUCUCCAACGAGGUAAUGACUUUGCGCAGUUUGGCACCGCCUACGCUGUUGAACAUGCAACCCGUACUGCCACUAUUGGAUUCACCCUAUCAUCAAGCCCUUUGGCCUUGCUAGCAUGGAUUGGGGAGAAAUUCCUCGCCUGGACGGAUGAAACCCCAUCCCUAGACCAAAUUCUAGAGUCUGUCACUCUUUAUUGGCUAACAGAGACUUUCGCGCGCGCUAUAUAUCCAUAUCGUCAAGAACUUGUCGAAAGUUCGUCGAAAGAGUGGACUGAUGAGGAUUAUUUCUCGGUUUUCCAACAGGGCCCAGAGCGUUAUAUGACGCACAAUGAUCACAACUAUUACUGCCGCAAGCCGAUGGGUUACUCUUGGUUUCCGAAAGAAAUUGCCCCAGUACCGAAGAGCUGGGCGGCUACAACUGGGAAUUUGAGAUGGUUUAGAAGGCAUGACAAGGGAGGUCAUUUCGCUGCUAUGGAACAGCCACAUGCCUUGCUUCAGGACAUUGAGGAUUUCAUUAGCGAAAUACCGUUUGAGAAUCGUUAAUUGGCUCAUCCUGUUACAUUGGCGGAGAGAAAUUUCCAAUUCAAUGUCAUUUAAAGCCUAGAUUUCCUCAACAGGUUGAUCUGAAAAAGUGGUCUCCCCAUGUUUGUAUAACUUGGGGUAGUUUUGAAUAGCUUGAAAAAUAGGAUCGUCUAUCUUUAUAAGCUCAGUUAAGUCGGAUUAAGCAUAGAUAAUAUACC